AAAAACGGAAGAGAGACAAUACGACAGCGCCAUUUGGGCUUGACUGUUGAGAACAAAUUGAACUCGUACGUGACAAAACUGUUAUGAUCCAAGUUCCUUCGCCACUCUCCGUUUACUCCGCCACCCUUCGCAGUUCUGCUCUCUCUUAAUCCAUGGCCUCCAUCGUCGGAGCGUCUCCCUUAUCUUCUCUUUCCGAGGUCCUUCUCAAACCUUCACAAUUCUUUACUUCUUCACUCUCUUUCUCCACCCCUCUCUUCCUCUACAGUCCCCACACAAAACCCAAUUCCCUUUUUUUCAAAGUCCCAUCCGUCCUGCCCUCCUCUUUCGUCGCCGGCGACCCUAAUUUCAGUUCCUCCGUUUUUUCUUCUCCGGUCUCCGUCGACUCCACUCGUCGUGGGCCCUUUGUUGUCAGAGCAGCCAGGGGGAAAUUUGAGAGGAAGAAGCCCCACGUUAAUAUUGGCACGAUCGGUCAUGUUGACCAUGGGAAGACUACUCUCACUGCUGCUCUUACCAUGGCCCUCGCCUCUAUGGGGAGUAGUGCGCCCAAGAAGUACGACGAAAUCGAUGCGGCACCGGAAGAGAGAGCCCGAGGGAUCACGAUCAACACCGCAACGGUUGAGUAUGAAACUGAGAGCAGACACUAUGCUCAUGUGGAUUGCCCGGGCCAUGCCGACUAUGUUAAGAACAUGAUCACUGGUGCGGCGCAAAUGGACGGUGCGAUCUUGGUAGUUUCAGGUGCUGAUGGGCCAAUGCCUCAGACCAAAGAGCACAUUCUGUUGGCGAAACAAGUGGGUGUGCCAAACAUUGUGGUUUUCUUGAACAAACAAGAUCAGGUUGAUGAUAAAGAGCUUCUUCAAUUGGUGGAAUUGGAAGUUCGGGAGCUCCUGACUCUGUAUGAAUUCCCGGGCGAUGAUGUGCCUGUUGUUUCAGGUUCGGCAUUGUUGGCUUUGCAGGCAUUGAUGGCAAACCCGAAAAUCAAGAGAGGAGAGGAUCAGUGGGUGGAUAAGAUUUAUGAACUGAUGGAUGCCGUUGAUAGUUAUAUUCCAAUUCCACAGCGACAAACUGAUUUACCGUUCCUUAUGGCGAUUGAAGAUGUGUUUUCGAUUACUGGUCGUGGUACUGUGGCAACAGGGCGUGUUGAGAGGGGUACAGUCAAGGUUGGAGACUCUGUAGUUAUAGUGGGUGUUAAAGAAACACGUACAACAACAGUUACUGGGGUUGAAAUGUUCCAAAAAACACUUGAUGAAGCCAUUGCAGGUGAUAAUGUGGGGCUUUUGCUUAGGGGCAUUCAGAAAACAGACGUUCAAAGAGGGAUGGUUAUUGCCAAACCCGGCGCCAUUAAGCCUCAUACAAAGUUCGUUGCUAUUGUGUAUGUGCUGAGAAAGGAGGAGGGAGGUAGGCAUUCACCAUUUUUUGCUGGUUACCGCCCCCAAUUCUACAUGAGGACUACUGAUGUUACUGGGAAGGUCUCUAAAAUCACGAAUGAUAAAGAUGAAGACUCUAAGAUGGUUAUGCCUGGGGACCGUGUAAAGAUGGUUGUAGAGCUGAUUUUUCCUGUAGCCUGUGAAAAAGGAAUGAGGUUUGCAAUCAGAGAAGGUGGAAAGACUGUGGGAGCUGGAAUCAUCCAGUCCAUAAUCGAAUGAUUCUCUUGUAAAUUUUUGCUAAGUGAGUAAAGUGAACUUUAAAGUACCAUUUUCUUAGAUAUUGUCCUACGCUUUUAGAUCUGUAGUUGAGAUUUAUGAAACAUAGACAGUGACUCUCACAUGGACCAUACGAGAAAAAGUUUAGUCAUUGGCUCUUUCUUCCUUUUCUUUUUUUUUUUUUUUUUUGGGAAAUAACGCUUUGUUCUUUGCAGUUUUGAAGAGUUUGGGGGAUUGAGUUAGGUAGUGAAAUUUACUCAUACAAUAAACGUCAGGUUCUUGAUUCAUUUUUUGGCUUGGAAGAAUUGUACGGUCCUUUUCGGUUAAAUAAAAUAUUUUGAGUGUAACACCCUGAA